AUGGAGCUCAACACCAAAAGCAAUCUCUCCCCUCCUGAAAUUUCUUUUUCUAUUCAUUAUCUAUCUAUCUAUCUAUCUAUCUAUCUAUUUAUCUAUCUAUCUAAGUCUGUUCAUUAUCUAUUUAUCACAGUCUCCUGUUCAUUAUCUAUCUAUCUAUCUAUCUAUCUAUCUAUCUAUCUAUCUAAGUCUCUUCAUUAUCUAUCUAUCUAUCUAUCUAUCUGUUUUAGUCUAUUCAUUAUGUAUCAAUCUACUUAUAUAAAUCUGUUUAUUUUCUAUCUAUCUAUAUCUAUCUAUCUAAGUCUGUUCAUUUUCUAUCUAUCUAUCUAUCUAUCUAUCUAUCUGUUUUCAUUAUCUAUCUAUCUCAGUCUAUUCAUAUCUAUCUAUCUAUCUCAGUCUGUUCCUUAUUUAUCCAUCUAUCUAUCUAUUUCAGCCGCACCCUUGGCGUUCAUUAGCGUUCCACUGGAGCCCGUGUCUGGCAAAUCUACAAGGUGUGAACGGCUCGCUAGCAUAUGUAAUCGAUUAGAUAACCGUGUGCAACGUACAAAUGCGUCCAUGUUGUCUUAA